AUGGAAAUAGAGCACAUGAGAACGGUUGAAAUAUUGGCAGCAAAAGCUGCAAAUUGGGGUUUACCAGAAGAAGAAGAACUCGAAAAGGAAGAAACGGAAAAUGAAGAUUUUCUAGCUGGAACUCUUUCUGAAACAUUGGAAAAUGUGAAGAAUCGAGAGAAAGAAUUGGUUGAAGCGCAAUUUCCACCAGAUGUAACCGCAUUUCGAACAAAUAUGCAGAAAAUGCGAUUGUUAGAAAAGCAAAUAGAAAUCUCGAAAAACACGAUGAAAGAAUUACAAGAAGCCUACGAAUCAGUUUCCAGUCGAACUUCUUCCCUUCACGAUGCAUGCGAUAAAGCGCUAGCUGAACAAACUGCAUUGUCAACUGGAUCGCAUUUAAUCAAAACCAAUCUAUAUUAUUUCAAACAAGCUGAUGUUAUAAUGAAAAAGUUAUCUGUUGCAAAACUUAUGGUAACUGGUCAAUCAUUCGCUGCAAUUCUUGCUUCAAUUGAUGAGUGUUUGUCGUUUCUGAGAUCGCAUCCAGAAUAUCGAGAAUCUGCUGUUUAUAUUGCGAAAUUUGAGCAAUGUUUGAGCAGGUUUGUGAAAUGUGAAAACGGAACUUUUACUCUAGAUUUUUAACAAAAAUAUAUGUUUUCUUGUAGUUUUUGACCCUAAAAUUGCAGAACUCAAAUCCUAAUAUGAGUUAUGACGUGGCGGGAUUUCAGAAGCUGAAAACUAGAUUCAAAACUGAUUUUCAUGCAAAUAGGAGGGUCGACUACAUAAGUGAAUUUCUUAUUCUCAAUAUGUGAUCAAAAUUAUUUUUGUUCAUUGAAAAAAGUUGAUUCAGAUGCAGAUUGUUUCAAAUUUUUUGAAAUCUGCACCUGAAUUAACUUUUUCAAUGAACAAAAAUAACUUUUCAAAACACACAUUGAAAAAAUAAGAAAUUCACUUGUGUAUUCAACCCUAAUAUUUGCAUGAAAAUCAUUUUGAAUCUAGUUUGCAGCUCCUGAAAUCCCGUCACGUCAUAACUCAUAUUAGGAUUUCAGUUCUGCAAUUUCCGAGUCAAAAACUACAUACAUUUUGUUAAAAAUGUAGAGUUCAACGUCUCACCUAAAAAUUCUGAUUUCAGAGCAAUGACUUGGGUUCGUGUUGGAGUAAUGAAUGAUUUGGAAAAUUGUUUCGAUGAUGUCAAAGAUCGACAAGCCCAGCUACAGGUACGGUACUUUUCCCGCCCAAAAUUCUUCCUCUCAAGACCCAUUUUCUUCUAGGUCGACUAUGAAAAGAUUGGACGAGGAGGCGCAGACGAAGAUACAUUCGCUCUUCUUUACGGUGUGUUUGCAUCGAAAGCGUCGAGUGUAAAGUGAGUUUGAUAUAUAGCGCAGGUGGUUAGAGUAAAUAUUAUCAAUCGCAAGGUGCUGGGAUCAAUUCCGGCUGCGGACAGAUUGAGUUGAUUCGCUUGGAAUAAUUGAGCAGAGUCAAAUUACUGUCCGAAAAUGAUAGAGAAGUCACAUGUCGAAUGAAAAUGUCUAUGGUUUACUACUGUAGCUUCGAGUAGUGCUUCCCACAUUUAUUUAUUUUUAAAAUACAAAAAAAAUUGAUAAUUUUGCAGAGGAGCAAUUAGUGUUGUUGAGCAACGAUUUUGGAAUGUGCCAGAAUUUGAGGAAAUGUUGGCCGAAUGCCAAUAUGCAUAUUUUGCCAAAAGACAAUUGUUGUUGGCGCCGAUUUUGGAAUCGACACUUUUGAAUUUGUCUACGUAAGAUUUCGAGGGGAUUUAUCUAGAAGCCUAGAAAAGCCUAGAAAAUCCUGUUUUUUUUUUCAAAUUUUCGACAAAAAAUACUCAAAUUUCAAUUUUUCUCCAAAUGUUAAGAAAAAUCUGAAAAUCUCAUUUUCCACGUGGAUUUUUGAAGAUGUAGCCUAGAAAAUCUUGCGUUUUUUUUUUUAAUUUUGACAAAAAAUUGUACUGAAUAUCCAAAUAUUGAGGAAAAUCUGAAAAUCCUGUUUUUUUUUCAAAUUUCUGACAAAAUAGUACCCAAAUUCCAAUUUUCCUCCAAAUUUUAAGGAAAAUCUGAAAAUCAUCUUUUCCAUGUGGAUUUUUCAAGGUGUAGCCUAGAGAAUCUAGCUUUUUUUUAAAUUUUUGACAAAAAAUUGUACUGAAAAUCUGAAAAUCCUGUUUUUUUUUCAAUUUUUUUACAAAAAAAUACUCAAAUUCCAAUUUUCCUCCAAAUUUUAAGGAAAAUUUGAAAAUCUUCUUUUCCACGUGGAUUUUCAAAGCUGUAGCUCAGAAAAUCCUGUUUAUUUCAAAUUUUCGACAAAAAAAUAUUCAAAUUCCAAUUUUUCUCAAAGUUUUGAUGAAAAUCUCAUUUUCCACGUGGAUUUUUCAAGCCGUUAACCUAAGCUUAGGUUCAGGGUCUUCUUCAGAACUUCAGGCAAAAUUUCAACAAAAAAUACUCAAUAUCUUCUAUUCCACGUGGAUUUUUAGUAGUCUGAAAUUUAUAUUUUCCAGCUCAAAAAUUUCCAGAAACCACGCGGAUUCCACAUGUCGAUUAACACGAGAUGCCUGCACUUUUAUGCUGCGAACCUGUGAUGAUGAAUAUCGAUUAUAUCGCCAAUUCUUCGUUGUCAAAAAUCAAAACAAUCCACCCUUCCACUCUGGUCGAACAUCUCCAGUUUCAACGAUUUUCAAAUCUACAUCUGAACAACUUCAACAACAUCAACAAGUUCAUCCAUUCGAAACAUUUACUGAACAAAUGUGUCGAUUAUUAUAUGAUAUGUUAAGACCGAGAAUUGUGCAUAAUCCACAUUUAGAAACACUCGCUGAACUUUGCAAUAUGAUUAAAAUUGAGAUGAUUGAAAAUCGAUGUUCACUUCAAAUGGUAUCAACAAUUUUAGGAGAAGAUGAUUGUUCAUUGAAUCCACGAGCCGGAUUUGUGUCAGUUAUGGGUGAAUUGGUGGGAGAUAUUGCUGAAAGAAUUGUGCAUCGUGCUGGAAUGUAUGCGCAAAAUGAUAUUGGGGGAUAUAACCCGGCUAGUGGAGAUAUUGCUUAUCCACAAAUGUUGCAAAUGAUGAGGAAAAUUGAGAAGGAUCAGAAGGAGAAGGAAGAAGAAGGCGGAGAAGAAGAUUGCGAGUAAUAUUGAUCAACAUUGUUUGUGGUAUCCGACUGUCAGAAGAACUGUUAUGUGUUUGUCCAAGAUUUUUCCGUGUCUUGAUGUAAGUUUUCUAGAAAAAUCAAAUUUUUCGCAUAGAAAUUUCAUCAGGUUUUGAAUUUCUUUUUUUUUUUUUUGAGAAAUUGCACCAAAAGUUUACUUUUUUGAUUUUCAAAGUUUGAAUUAUAUUUAGAUUUCUGUGAUUCAGUUUUCAGAAAAACUUAGAAAAAUCUGAAAAUUUAUGAUUUUCAGAAUUUUUCUUGCAUAAAACCCGCUUUUACACUAAAAGUUUAUGCAGAACAUUUGGACCAGGCUCAACUUUUUUGAUUUUUUGAAUUAGAUUUAGAUUUCGGUGAUUCAGUUUUUAGAAAACUUGCAAAAAUCUGAAAAUUCAUGAUUUCCUAGUGUUUCUUUCUAGAUUAAAAGCUCCCGAUUAAAAUUCCUUGAAAUUUCAAUUUUUAAAAUUUUUGUAUUUCCGGACAAAUUUGAUUUUAGAAAAGCUGAAAAUCUAAAUUUUCAAAAAAAAAUUCCACAAGAAGCUCAAAGAGAAUUUGAUUUAACAAUUCUGAAACUUGGAUCAGGUCCAAAUCUUUUUUCAAAAUUCAGAAAAUCACGAUUGCAAAAUCUACGUUUAAAAAAAAAAAAAUCAAAAUUUUCUCUAAUUUUAACGAUCUUCUUCUGAAAUUCCACGUUUUCCGAUAUUUCAGCACCAAAAAAUCCACGUGGCAAUUUUUAUUGGUUCUCAUCAAAAAGUUCACAAAAUAAUCUUUCUCCUCUAGAUCUAACAACCUUCCAAUUUCCAGAUUGGAGUAUUCCACUCGCUAGCUCGUGAAAUGCUCCAAGCCUGCAUCGAUUCUCUCGAAGUCGCCUCAACUGCCAUCCAAAAUAUCCCGCCAGCCAAAGGCUCGUGGAACAAAAAACUGGACGGCCAUCUUUUCGUCGUCAAACAUCUUCUAAUUCUUCGCGAACAAACUGCGCCAUACCGCCACAAUGUUUUGCGAACCGAUUCGUUGUCGACCAAAGAUUUUUCGAUUGAUUUCUCCAAAUUCACAAAUGUCUUAUUUGAUUCGAAAUCUAAGUGGUUUGAAUUGAGCACGAAUAAUACGCUUCUGGAAUUGAUUACCACGGUAAGCUUUUUUUGUUCUCAAGAAUUUUUUCGAAAAAAAAAAGUUUUAGGUUCCAAUUGAAGUUAAGGAAUAUGAAGGAGAUUCGCGAAGAAUUUUAGAUCAACAAUUGAGAGCUGCUUCAUUUCGAUUGGCUCACGAAGCAUCGCAAAUUAUGAUUGGAAGGUUAGCCGAAUGGAUUGAUAUGGCUGAAGAUGAGAAGUUGAAAGAAGGUUUUGAUUUGGCGAAACAACCGAAACUUCAAGCGGCUGUUUUGAAAGAUUUGGCCGGAGAAGCUUAUAGAAAUGUUGGAGCAAAGUUUGGGGAGGUAGGGAAGAUCUAUUUUUGAAAAUUUCAAGCUCAAAAUUGCUUUUCUAUAAAAAAGCACGAUAUUCCAUGGAAUUCCCUUCAAAAAGAAAUUUUUACCCAAAAAUUCCAAAUCAAAAAUAAAAAAAAAUACGUUUCAAAAUUUUCAUAUAAUUUAUAAUCGAAUAGGUUUUUUUCAAUUUAUUUGACAUCUUUUAGAAGUAUAAGUUAGAACCAAAAUUUUAUAAUUGGAAAAUUCUGAAAUUGAGCUAUAAAAGCUUGAAAAUUUACGUUUUUAAUAAAUUUUAAGUUUAAAAUUGCUUCUUUUCGGAAGAAAUCUAGAAAUUUGAUGUUUUUUGGUCCAGAAAAUCCGAAAAUUUUCAAUUUUUGUCCAGAAAAUUCGAAAAUAUCGUUUUUUUCAUUCGAAAAAUACAAUGGAUUUCUCUCCUAAAAUUUUAAAUUUAGAGUUUUUCAGCUCAAAAGCGAUUUUGAGUCAAAUUUGGACCCAAAAUUUCAACAUUUUCAAAUUUAAAAAAAAUACGUUUCAAAAUUUUGAAAUAAUUUAUUAUCGAAUAGGUUUUUUCAUUUUAUUUGACAUUUUUUUUGGUGAAUAAAACUGAACCAAAAUUUGAAUGAAAAUUCUGAAAUUAUCGAUUUUUGGAUCAAAAUUCAUGAAAAUUUUAAGCCCAAUGACUGAAAGAGUACAAAGCUAAAAAAAAUUGAAUUCAAAUGUUUUUCUCAAGUGAUUUCAUAUAGAUUUUAAUUGUAUUUUUACGAUAAAAAUGUUCCUAAAUUUGAUCUAAAAAUCGAUGAUUUUCAGCUAGGAUUCUUUAAAAGUCAAUUUUUUCCCUUUCCAGAUUCGCGCCGCCUAUUCUCUAUACAUUGGUGUCACCGAAACCGAAUCCAUCCUCCUCUCACCUGUUCGAAAACGUGUCAUUGAUGUUUUCACGCGCGUCAACUCAUUCGCCUCCAAAUGCUAUGAUGAAGAAUCGAAAGCGGUUGCCGCUCUUCCAAAUGUACAACAAUUGAUAUUAAUGCUUAACAAAUAA